GAGAGAGAGAGCGAGAACAGUGAAACAGAGUGAAUGAGACAGAGAGUAGUGGAAUUGAGACCUGGUGAGGAAUAAAAAAACAUGCAAUUUCUAGACAAGAAAGAAGGCUAGUUUAUAUGUAUCAUCGCACCAGUGCAUGGAAGUGAAAGAUAGAAUUGUGUAUGUAUACAUUAGAGCAAGGAAAAUCCAGAAAGAAGGAGAAUCAGAGAAGAAAGCUACAGAUGGAAAUGUUAGAUGUGGACACAAAGCAUAUUGAUCAGCAGUUCUGGAAUGCAGUGGAUCAUGCUGGCGGAAAAGAAAGCUUCCUUCUGGUAGGUGACUGUGCAUAUCAAAUAGGUAAGGAUAACAGAAACGGAGGCAUCAGGAAAAGUAAAGGUGAGCACUUCAAGAUGGUCAUUCAGGAUCUGUUUGAAUCCUCAAUCAAGGAGAAAAGUUUCAAAUUAAUAACUAAGACAGAAAUACCUCAGGUUGCCCCAGAGAAUCCUUUAGACAAUGAGGUAAUAACUAAGAAACCUUGUCAGUUGCAAGUAUCAGAUAACAUUUCAAAGGAUGAAUCCUAUUUUGCAAUUUCAAACACUGCACUGGGCAUGCAGCAUCACAGCCCUUCAGAAAUAAUUUCAACUUCUUUGCACACAUCUUCAAAAUCAAUAUUAGAAAAUAUUUCCUGUGAAAGUGGGAGAAAUGAACUACAUUCUAGAUCAUCAGAUAUUUUAGAUGCCUUUAAAAUGACAACUACAUCUUCAUUUAUAAUUGCAAAUACUGGAGAGACAGGAGAAUUACUGACCUCAUCCAAGCAGAAUCUUGGAUUCACGAGUUCUGUGAUGUACCAGGGAAAAAAAUCUGGAUUUGAAACACUGGAACUUCAAGAUCCCAUACAAACAUUUACAACACCCAAGAUCAUGAAGAGUAAUCAAGUAUUCAAAAAGGAAAAGUCACAAGAAACAUUAGUUAGUCAGAAAGUUUCUUCCAAAUCCAUGAAUGUAUCGGAUUUAGAUUUCGCCAAGGAAGAUCCUAAUGGUUGUUGUUAUGCAGAUGUAGACUCAAGGACAAAAUCUACUACUGAGAAAAUUUCCUACUCAGGAAAGUUUCAGAAAACCAUGGCUAAAAAAGUGCAAUUUAGAUCUGUGGCACAGUUACGGGGCUUUGAUUGCCCUGUGAUUAUAUUUGUGUUUCAACAAAGAUUUCUUGAAGAGAAAAAAAACAAGAUUCAGCUGAAAGAGAUUAUAAAGGAUGUGAAGCAGAGGUGCAAAACAGCACUAACUGCAGCAUUUGGGUUAAUUUUAAGAGACAAAUGCCACCAACCAGAAGAGAGACUAACAGGGUGCCUCUUAUUGCUUUCGCAAUAUCUGCAGAAAAUUUUCUGGUCAGAAAUCCUUAUGGACUUGCAGAUCAGCUGGGUGUACAUACCUCAUGAAAAGAAAUGUAUUCUAGAGAUCAAAAAAGGCAUUUGUCAAGGACUGCUUCACAAAGAAACAGCCAGAAUGAGGAGCCGCCGCCGUAACACCGCCCGGACAAGCCAAAAAGCCGCAACACUUCCGAGUUCCUUUCUUCCCUUCAGUCCCCCUAUGAUGAUGUCAACCUCCCAUCUAGCAUCACGUCUUUCCCAGCAUUCCACCUUUUAAUUUCUGGUCCUCCUGUAUAAAUUGUCCGUUCUCCCAUCAUUCUAUGUCCUUGCUUGAUUUUGUUGUAAAAAGAACAUGGAUACGUGGAAAAAUAUUUUGGUUACAGUAUACGGGGUUAAAAACCCCAAAACUUCACGCUGUGUUUGUUGUUCUUCUUAACAGAUUGGUGUAGUCAGCAGGAUAGAACCUGAAAGAUGUCAAAAGGGCAGGACUUAAACAUGGUGUUAACUACUCUAGCAAACGAGCUCUAGGCAGUUAAGAUGGACUAGGCCACCACCAAGGUGGAGCUCGCGGAAACAAAGAGGUGGCUGGUGGCCGCGGAGACAGUGAAGCCGGAACCCGCAUGGCCCCCACCACCUCCGAUCGUCCCUCUCACAGAAGCAGACGAUCUGGAAGCAUAUCUGACCGUCUUCGAGAGGACGGUGGCACGUAAUCAGUGGCCACGAACGGCGUGGGCAUCCAUCCAGGCUCCCUACCUGAAAGGUCCAGCGCAGCGGGCCUAUCCAAACCUCCCGCCCAAUAUGACCUCCUGAGAUCCGAGUUGUACAAACGCUACGGCAUAACGUCAGGCCAGCAGGCAAGGGUAUGACGGCACUAGAGAUUCAAUCCCGAUCUCCUGCCUAGGGCCCAGACGUUCGAGUUCUGGGGCAAUCUCGGACGUUGGCUACAGCCAGAUGUCAACCAGGCCCGCCAGGUAGUCGAGCAGGUAGCCUGUGAACCUUAGUGUACGCUAUACCGGACUACCUCACCCAGCAGGUUCCGGAGACACCCUUUCCGUGACAUGAACGGGCUCCUGGAGGUCUUAGAGUGACAGCUGGCAGUGAAUCAACUCGGGGGGGUCUGAGAAGCCUACUCGUGGGGCCCGACAGGGAUGGGCUGCCACUCCGGAGCCCACCCAUCGUGCUACUUCUGCUACUUAGCCUCUGGCGAAGCUGCGAGACCGCAUGCCUGGCCUGCCGAGCUGUUUCAAGUGUGGCGAGGUGGGACACAUCCUUCCCACCUGUCCCCACAAUGCAAAGCCAAUGGACUGCAGCUAUGUGAGAUGAGAGAGGUACUGUGAGCUGUCUAAUCCUCUGGCGGUCAUGAAUACGGGAGUGGUGUUAGUAAAUGGGUACUCAGUUGUGGCUUUGUUUGAUUCUGGGAGCAAUAUUACCAUUGUUGCUCACUGUUAUGUUUUACCGUGACAGUGGCUUGCACAACGGACGAGCGUAACAUGUGUACAUGGGGAGACCAGGUCAUACAGGUCCGCGAAGUGUUUUAUAACCUGGACGGGGACUCCGAAACAACUGUUGGUCGCUGUGAUGCCAAGCCCCCGUAUUCGGUUAUAUUGGGACAAGACUGGUCCAAAAAUAAAUGCAGUAAAGCCAUCACCGCUCCUAGACACAAGCUGGGUCUGAUUAUGAACGGUCAGGGAACUCUCCAAACUGCUACCACGCUGUGCUCCUCGGCAACUAUUGAUGACGUUUGACGGCCCAGGGGAGCGCUUUUUGGCAACGGACCCCGACCUGGAAGUACAGCCGGGUGGGGUUCCGGGAUGCGCGAGUGCUGCUCUGAACCGUGCACCCGAUGUUCUCACAGACGUAGACUUUCAGUUUCACUCUACGCUGGUGUCCUUUAAAAGAGAGCAGUGGAAUGAUGAUUCCCUGAAGUUUGCCCAGAAUGCUGUUGUAUCUGUAGAUGACAUAGCGUCGGUAGAUUCCACACCACAGGGACCCUACUUUGUCUUAGAUAACAAGCUCUUGUACCAAGUUGUGGAACACGAAGGUGAGGUACGGAAAUUGUUGUUGAUGCCGAGAACCUGCUGGCGGGAGGUCUGCGACCUAGCACAUGGCCACCUCUUAGGUGCCCACCUCGGGGCCAAAAAAACACUGGAGAGGAUAAAACUCCGGUUCUAUUGACCCGGGAUCAACAAAGAGGUCCGGCAUUUCUGUCAGUCAUGCCCAGUCUGUCAGUUACACCAGAUUCCCUGGAAGGACUGAGCUACUCUAGUCCCGAUUCCCCUUAUUGACGUUACCUUUGAGAGGAUCAGAGUCGAUCUCGUAGGACUACUAGAGCCUUCGGCCCGAGGCUAUAAAUACAUAUAGGUCACGGUGGAUUAUGCAACUCAGUACCCAGAGGUAGUUCCCCUGAGAGCUGCUAAUACAAAGAAUAUCGCACGGGAAUUGGUAGGGCUAUUUUCCCCGAGUGGGCAUACCGAAAGAUGUCCUUAUGACCAAGGUACGCCCUUUACGUCAGAUACGUUCAGGGAGGUGGCCAAGUUACUCCGCAUUAAACAUCUCAAAACGUCCGUUUAUCAUCCCCAGACGGAUGGGCUGGUGGAAAGAUUCAACCAGACACUUAAGCAGAUGCUUCGCAAGGUAGUCAGCGCGGACGGAAGGAACUGGGACCAACUAUUGCCCUUACUCCUUUUUUCUUACCAGGAGGUACCACAAGCCUCCUCGGGGUUUUCCCCUUUUGAUCCGUUAUAUGGAUGACAACCCCGGGGUAUACUGGACAUACUAAAGGAAGGCUGGGAAGGGGAGGCACUUCCCUCCACAAAUCUUCUGGAGUAUAUUGUGCAGUUACGCAAUAGAUUAGACAAAAUCUGGCCUAUACUUAAAAAUCACAUGUCUUGGGCUCAAGCAGCGCAGGCCCGGAAUUAUAACCUGAACUCCUAAAUGCGUGAAUUUCAGAUAGGAGAUCGUGUGCUGGUGCUCGUGCCCAUCUCCCACUCUAAACUGCUGGCCCAUUGGCAGGGCCCGUACGAGGUUAAGGAGAGAAAGGGCUUUGUCGAAUAUUUGGUAAGCCAGCCAAACCGUUGACAGAGUGAGUGGGUGUAUCACGUGAACUUGUUGAAGCCAUGGAAAGCUAGGGAAGAACAACCUCUUCCAGCCCCGCCCUCUCCCUUUUCUCUGAAAAAGUCACGCUUAACCUCAGCCACAAUUUGAAUUCCUACCAGUGACAGGAGCUCAAAGGAGCAAUCCUGUCUGUCCCGGAGGUGGUCAGUGAAGCGCCAGGCCAGACCUCGCUGAUUCAGCACGACAUUGUGACAGACCCAGGGGUGGUUGUCAGGAACAACCCUAUCGCCUCCUGGAGGCAAAACGUGCCAAGGUAGAAUUAGAGGUCCAGCGGAUGUUGGACAUGGGCAUUAUCGAAGAGAGCCAUAGCCUGUGGUCCAGUUCCAUUGUCCUCGUACCCAAGCCGGACGGCUCCUGGAGAUUCUGCAACAACUUUAGACGCCUUAAUCAGGUCUCCAUGUUUGACGCCUACCCCAUGCCCCGAGUCGAUGAGCUGCUUGAGAGGUUGGGGACAGCCCGGUAUCCGACUACCCUUGACAUGAUCAAAGGGUACUGGCAAAUUCCCUUAACGGCAUCCGCCAAAGAAAAGACUGCCUUCAGUACCCCUAGUGGACACUGGCAAUACAAGGUACUCCCAUUUGGGUUACACAGGGCACCAGCAACUUUCCAGCGUCUGGUAGACAGAGUGCUACGGCCCUACCAGUCUUACUGUGCUGCCUACCUUUUCCGGCACCUGGGAGGAACAUGUUUAUAAGGUUUACGCUGUCCUCCUGACGCUAGCGAAAGCCGGCCUACGUAUCAACCCCCGCAAGUGCUUCUUUGGGUUGAAUGAGGCCAAGUAUUUAGGCUACCUGGUAGGAGGGGGAAUGGUGAAACCACAGUGCUCAAAAAUAAAAGACAUCCUUGAAUGGCCCCGUCCGAUACUCAAGAAACAGGUGCAGGCUUUUUUGGGGUUAGCGAGUUACUACCGCCGGUUUGUACCUCGUUUCUCGGAGAGGGCAGCAACCUUGACAUACUUGACAAGGAAGAAGGCUCCUGUGCAUGUGGUGUGGAACGAACUAACGGAACAGGCAUUCAGUGACUUGAAAAUGGCUCUCACAACGGCACCGAUAUUGAGAACCCCUAAUUUUUUACUUCCUUUUCUC